AUCGUCGUUGUUGCCAGUAACGAGUUGAGUGUGGCUCAAAGCAAGACGCAAGCGGAAAGUGGGCAUAAAAAAAAACAUUUGAAAAGUGAGAGAAAUUUGUUUCAAUUAUUUCCAUUCUUCAAUUAAACAAAAGGCAGUUAAACAAAUGUUUAAGUAAUACAAAAGUACAAUUGCGUGAAAAUGUGUGAAAAUAUAAUGAAAAGCUGACUCGGAAAGUCACUCAAAUGAAAGGAAUUUGGUCAAGAUAAACCCGUUUUCACACAGACACAUAAACACACUUGUAUAUAUACAUAUACACCCAACAGCAGACUCCAUCGUUGAAGCCACCAGUUAAAAAAAGAAGCCAGCCAGACCUCGUCGAGAGUUAUGAAUCAUAGCCCACUAACUUAUUGUUAACUAUAAAAUACAAAAAGGUGAACUCCGGAAUUUGCCAGCCUGCAAAACGUUAAUAAUAUUGAAUACAUCUUUGAUAAAUCUCGGUGAUUGUGAUUGAUUGUGUAAUGUCAAACGGCAAAGAUAUGCGACCUUUAUCUCUAUCGAUUGGUGCCUCCCUGCUGCCCAGUUUCUCCUUGGUCACAGCUACGAGUGAUUCGAAUGGAGCAACUGGCAAACUUUGUAAUGGCAAGACUUGUCAUCCUGUGGAGGAAUACUGUUCGGUCUUCGCCGAAAACUGUCAACCCUGCGCUUCAAUCUGUGAUGCCAAUUCACACAACUAUCAUGCUGAAACGUGCUCCAGUGAAUGUCCAGCCUACAACAAAUAUGAAACCCUUAAGGAGGAAAUACAUGACAUACACAGCAACCAGCGAAUAAUUUUGCUGAUGCUGAGCAUUAUAUUAGUUCUGAUUGCCAUACGUUAUCUAAUCAAAUGUCUGUGCUGGCUGCGUCGCAAACGCUGUGUCCAACAGAUGCUGCAGAAACUGCAGUCCAAGUCAUAUCCGCAUCAGACUAAUGUCAAUGGCAAGGAUCUGAAUGCCACCACCAUACAGAAUCUCAAUGCCAUCAACCGUCAUGGAAGUGACAUUGAGCGUGCGCCGUCCCAGAUCUAUAGUGUGGCAGAAUUUCUCUAUCGACAAGCAGGUCCAGCUGACGGUUCAGUUAUGACCAUGACGACGCCCGUUAGCACUCGUUAUCCAGCCGAGAAUAGCACAACUCCGACUACAGUGGUCACCGAAAUCGGCUAUGGAUAUGAUAAUCAGGCCAUGGUAGUGACGCCAGUAUCUGAGAAACCUUCGGUUACAGCCACAACGGGUCCUGCCUUCUAAGUGGCUGGCCCGAAGUUUAUUUCGUCCCUAAAGAUUUUAGGCCUAAACCAGUAAGGCGGCAAAACAGUGUGCAUCACAUUGAAACUAGUGAUAUUUCGAUAUACAUACUAUAUACACUAAAUUAUGAAGUUUAAAAUGCAUCAAUAAUUGAUAUUCUAUUGAUGGUAAUACAGUUUAAAUCCUUAAAUAAAUAUAAAUCAUAUACAUAAA